AUGAAAUAUUUAUUAUUGUUUUUAUUUUUUAUAUUAGUAAAAAAUAAUAAAAUAGAAUCAAAAAAAAGUAUAAAGAAAUCAAAUAUUUUAAACUUUAUAUGUUUUCCAAAUAAAUAUUCAAUAACCAGAAGAAUUAAAAGAGAUAUAUUAAAUUCAAGUUUUAAAGAAAAUGAAGAUAAUAAAAUUUAUAGUAAUGAAAAAAGAGAUUCAUCCAAUUUAUCUUAUCUUUUAAAAAAUAGUGAGGAAAUAAAAAAAAAAUUGGAAUUAGUAAAUGAUUUAGAAAAUUAUGGAUGUGAAAAUGCAAUGAAUAAUUUAAAAAAUAAUGAGGAUAUGAAUGUAAUAGAGAAAGAUGAAAAUAUUAUAAGAGAAAAUAGAAGAGCAAUAGUCCAGAAAAAAAAAAAAAAAAGUUAUAAAAAAGUUCAAAAUAUUAUGCCUACUACCGAUAUUAAAGAUAUCAAAAAAGAUAUAAAGUUAUUUUUUCUUAAAAAAAGAAUUAUUUAUCUAACUGAUGAAAUAAAUAAGAAAACAUGUGAUGAGCUAAUUAGCCAACUAUUAUAUCUAGAUAAUUUAAAUCACAGUGAUAUUAAAAUAUAUAUUAAUUCACCAGGAGGAUCAAUAAAUGAAGGAUUAGCCAUUUUGGAUAUUUUUAAUUAUAUAAAAUCAGAUAUUCAAACAAUAUCUUUUGGUCUAGUCGCAUCAAUGGCUUCCGUUAUUUUAGCUAGUGGGAAAAAAGGAAAAAGAAAAUCUUUACCUAACUGUAGAAUUAUGAUACAUCAACCUUUAGGUAAUGCAUUUGGGCAUCCUCAUGAUAUUGAAAUACAAACAAAAGAAAUACUCUAUCUUAAAAAUUUAUUAUACAAUUAUUUAUCUAGAUUUACUAAUCAGACUAUUGAAACAAUAGAAAAGCAUUCGGAUAGAGAUUAUUAUAUGAAUGCGUUAGAAGCUAAAAAAUACGGGAUUAUAGAUGAGAUUAUAGAAACAAAAUUACCUCAUCCUUAUUUUAAUCAAAUUUAA